CAUGGCUAAUUAUAAAUAUUCGAUUGGAUUGAGUUUUAUAAUUUAUAUUUUGAUAAUUGGUUAUCUUCGUCAAUGUUUGGCUACAUCACCAAAAAGUAGCUCAACACAAAACACUAACGCAAUUCGGGAUGAUCAAAUGAUUAGUAAUUCAACAUAUCUUAACUCAUUAAUUAUGCAUCAAACGACCAGGAAUAACCUAAAAGAAUCAUCUGUUCCUGAAAAUCGAAUUUUGAAUGGACAACCAGCAACAGUUGGACAAUUUCCUUAUCAAGUAAUAGUUUAUGCUAGCAAUUUGAAUGUAUGCGGUGGAGCUGUUCUUAACAAAAAUACAAUUAUAACAGCCGCUCAAUGUCUUUAUUAUCCAGAUAAAAACCAAUUGAUUCCAGAAAAUGAAAUCAAAGUCGGUGCAGGUGAUGUCAAUUCAAAUGAAAUCAAUAUGAAACACUUUACUGUGAAAAGUGUUCAUCCUCACGAAAUGUACAAUCAAAAAACUUUUAAAAACGAUUUAGCAAUAAUUAAGAUUAAUGAAAUUUUUUGGGAUGAAUCACCCACACCAAAUAUACAACCAAUUGAAAUAGCAUCAACGCAAUAUAAAAGUGGUACCAAUUGUGUGCUUGCUGGUUGGGGUAAAACUGAACCACAUUCCAAACCUUUACAAUUUUUAAACAAAAAUUUUAGAGUUUUAUGGAGGACAUCAUGUUUUGGCAUCAGAUUGGAACUAGUUGUUUUGGUUUGUUUUACAAAGUCAAUUUAG